UAUAACGUAGUCUACCUUCGCAAUGGAACCAUCAUUUCAGAAAAAGUUGGAGAUUUUAACUACUAUGAACCACCUGGUAAACAAUUUAGUAUUAAUGAGAAAGCAAUAAUCUGGGAGAGCCAAUUCAGUGAGACCCCGCGUUCCGUAUGCAGUGAGAGCUGCCCUCCUGGCCAAAGAAAGUCUAUUCGGGAAGGUCAACCAGUUUGUUGCUUUGAUUGUUUGCCCUGUCCAGAGGGAGAGUUCUCCUAUCAGAAAGACAUGGAUGUUUGUGUUAAAUGCCCAAAAGACAAAUGGCCAAACGAGCAGAAAACAGCUUGCGUCCCAAAGGUUUUAUCAUUUCUGUCUUUCCAAGACCCAAUUGGAAUUGUCCUUACAUUUCUAGCAGUUUGUUUUUCUUUGAUGUCUGCUGGAAUUUUAGGAAUAUUCAUCAGAUUCCGAGACACCCCAAUUGUGAAAGCCAACAACAGGGAUCUGAGCUACCUUCUUCUGACGUCACUCAUAUACUCAUUUCUCUGCUGUCUUCUCUUCAUUGGACAUCCAGGAAAAGUGACUUGUUUCUUACAGCAAGCUGUUUUUGGUAUUAGUUUUUCAAUAUCAUUAUCUUCUCUGUUAGCCAAAACGUUGAUUGUUGUGAUAGCUUUUAAUGCCACCAAACCUGGGAAUAUUUUUCGAAAACUGGUUGGUGCCAAAGUUCCCAAAUAUAUUGUUAUCACAAGUUCCCUUAUUCAAGUAUUUAUUUGUAUUUUAUGUCUCAUUAUAGUGCCUCCAAACCUAUACUAUAACAUGAAUGCUGAGACGGGCAAGAUCAUUGUUGAGUGCAAUGAAGGGCCAGAUGUGUCUUUUUAUUUUAUACUUGGAUACCUAUGUAUUUUGGCAUUGAUAAGUUUCAUUGUUGCUUUCUUCGCCAGAAAAUUACCAGACACUUUUAAUGAUGCUAAAUUCAUCACCUUUAGUAUGUUGGUUUUCUGCAGUGUUUGGAUUUUUUUUAUUCCAACCUAUCUCAGUACUAAAGGCACAUACAUGGUAGCUGUUAAGGUAUUUGCAAUCUGGGCUUCCAGUUCUGGUUUACUGGGUUGUAUAUUUGCCCCAAAGUGUUACAUAAUUGUGCUGAAGCCUGAAAGAAACAUGAAAAAGAAUUUGUUAAGGGGCCACUCAUAA